CAUUUCUAUGAAUACUUACACAAAAACCUUGUUAAAAUACUUUUAAUUCUUUAAUUUAAUUUAAUCCUUGCUUUGUUAUCAGUUGUUAUCAAUAGCAAAAUACUACGAAACAGACAACUCAAAACCAUUAUAAUGUUUAACUAAUACAGUGUACUGAUUUGCAAAGUUAAUGGUGUUUUUAAGUUGUACUUUUACACUAUUAAUUUUGUACUAAACCAACCUACAUAAAAGACUUACAAUGUUAUCGGUGUCUAUAUUCAUUUGCAUUUUAUGUAUAUGUUCAUCUUCUGCAGCACCUGAUAGUAGUGAUGGAAAAUUAAUACAUUGCGGUGAGCUUGGCGAUUGCAUAACAAGAAGGACUGUGGAUUGUAAAGAAAAAUGCGGCUGUGAUAGGUUGUAUUAUUACAACGACACGACAAAUGAAUGUGAACUAAAUUAUGACUACUUAAGACAAUUGGUCUUAGAAAAAUUUGACACCCAAGAAAAAAUCCGCAGCAGUGCUGAAAAGGUCUUUGGAGGAAUUAUAAUAUCUGUGAUAUUAUUUGUCACUUGUGCGAGUUUAUGCGUUUUAUCAGCGUGUAUAUAUUGCUUCCGUGUAAAUUAUACGGAUCGUAGAUUGCGAGGUGAUGUAAAAGCUUUAGCAAAUAAAUUAAAUCGGGACGGUAAAUUACAGAAGCCUAAAAAAACGCCUACUGCACCAGUGGCUGAAAGUUGCAACGUUGUGGUUGAAGACGCCGGUGUUUUUGUUUGUUAAUUAUUUGCUUGUACAAAAGCAUUUAAUAAAUAUGUACUCAUUGCGUUUUUAAUUUGUGUGUUAAUAGAUAAAUAAACUAUGCUGAUAUAAUACUAGAUAAUAUGUAUUUUGUUUAAUUUAAUUAUAAUAAAGUAUUUUUUCUACCAUACCCUUUAAA